AGCACAAGGUGGGCGUGGCCAGAAGUGUUUCCGUUGACCUUACUUUCACGUCAUCAAGCUGUUACGGGUGACGCCUUGGUCUGAAAGAUGUGGCCAGAAAAAUAAAUAUCGGGAACCGCCAGGUAUCAAGGGUGACCUCUUCAUCAACCCAACUGCCUGCACUAUUGUCUGUAGUCCCUGACAAGAGUAAUUAUGCCUCGAGGUCAUAAAAGUAAGCUCCGUGCUCGUGAGAAACGCCGCCAGGCUCAUUGUGAGAAUCAGGAUCUGGGAACUACUCAGGCCACAGUGGCAGAAGGAGAAUUGCCCUCCUCUGCCUGUCAUCUCGUUGGUGAUAGAUCCCAGAAUUUGCCUGCUACUGAGACACCUAGCAUCCCCGAGGCACUUCAGGGAGCCCCAUCCACCAGUAAUACUAUUGUACCUGUUUCAUGCACCAGUUCAACUGAAGGUGCCAGCAGCCAAGAUGAGAAAAGUCGACAUUUCGCAAGUGUGGCUGAAGCCUGGAAAAAAGAUCCCUUAAAUAGGAAAGUAGUUUUGCUGGUGAAUUUCUUGCUUCAGAAGUAUCAAAACAAAGAGCCAAUUACAAAGGGAGACAUGAUUAAGUUUGUUAUCAAAAAGGACAAGUGUCACUUCAAUGAGAUCCUCAAGAGAGCUGCUCAGCAUAUGGAGCUAGCAUUUGGUGUUGAUUUGAAGGAAGUGGAUCCUAUCAGGCACUCCUAUGCCCUUUUCAGCAAACUAGACCUCAGCUAUGAUGAAACAACCAGUGAUGAAGAAAACAUUCCCAAGACUGGUCUACUGAUGGUUGCACUCAGUGUGAUCUUCAUGAAUGGCAACCGUGCCCCAGAAGAGGCAAUCUGGGAAGUGCUGAAAGUGAUGGGUGUAUUUCCUGAUAUGGAGCACUUCAUGUAUGGGGAUCCCAGGAAAGUCAUCACCAAAGAUCUGGUGCAGCUAAAGUACCUGGAGUGCCAGCAAGUGCCCAACAGUGAUCCUCCACGCUAUGAAUUCCUGUGGGGUCCAAGAGCUCAUGCUGAAACUAGCAAGAUGAAAGUUCUGAAGUUUUUAGCCAACAUGUAUGAUACCGUCCCUACUGCCUUCCCAACCUGCUAUGAAGAGGCUUUGCGAGAUGAGGAAGAGAGAGCCCAAGCCAGAGCUGCAGCCAGGGCUCAUACUGCUGCCAUGGCCAGAGCACGUUCCAGAACCACGUCUAGCAGCUUCUCCCAUGCUAAGUGAAAGCUGAGGCUGGUUCUUCACUUUUUGGCCAAAAAGGUUAUAUUUCAAAUGUUGAAGUCUGAAGAAAAUUGUUUUAUUUGUGGAAGAAAAGAGCAAUCAACAUUCUAAGUAGAGAAUGACCAGGGUGGGUCUGGAGGGAACACAGCAUGUAUCAUUUUGUGUUAAUAUUCUAUAAUAAUUGGAGUGGUACCUUUCUUUUUGGUGUUAUAUUUCAAAUCCUGUUUCUUUCAGUAGAAGUUAUAGAUAACUUCAGAAUCGAAAUCUAUUAAUUAUUUGGGUUACGUGUGUAUUGCUAUUUAAGAGUGGGAGCUUUAUUGUUCUGUAAAACAAAUUGGGAAACCUUCUUUCAUAUUUAAUGAGCCAGAACAAGAAAACACAGUAAUGGAAUAGGUAUUUCUUUUAAAAAUAUGAAAUGAUUUAGCAGUAAAAUUUUGGAGAUCAAAACAUAGGUGAAAACGAGUAAAACUUUUCAGUUCUUGGUUUUCUUUAUCCAUUUUAGUCUGUUAUAUAAAAAUAAAAGAGACAUGUCUGGAUUGGCUUAGCUUACUGAAGAAGGUAAGAAAAAAUAAAAUGUUUACGAACUAGC